AUGUUGAGUGGCCUCAACCUUGGCCUGAUGGCACUGGACCCCAUAAAGCUGUGCAUUGUGCAGAACUGCAGCAGUGAUGAGGAGAACUACGUCAAGCGCAAUGAGCCUGUGCACCAUCUGGGCAACUACCUGCUGUGCUCCUUCUUGCUGGGCAACGUCCUGGUCAGCACCACGCUGACCAUCCUGAUGGACAAUAUCACUGGCUCCAGACUGGUGCUGCAAGAACGUGCCACAGGCCAUUUGAUCUCAGCAUGGCUUUCUCCUACUAUAAGAUGCUAUCAGCAGAAGCCUUUCACUAAGCUCUUACAGGGUCUAGAGAAAAAGCAAGGCCCGGGGAAACAGUUCAAAAAGAAAUGUAAAAAUAACCACAAGAGCGUUCCACUGAACGAGGGAGCUUCCCUCCAGCGCCGGGACUGCCAGAGGUGCGGCGGAUGGCGGCGUUGCGCUGCUCCGCGCUGCUCCCCGCUGCGGGCGGCCCGCGGGGCUGCGCUGCCGCCGCUGCUGCCCGUGACACGAGCUCAACCUCGCGCGAAAAGGAGAGAAGCGCAGCCCGGCCCCGCCGUCCCGGAGCUCUGCGAGACGUGGGGCCGCUGCUCCCCGCAGCUCGGCGUCCCCCGCGGCCGCGGGAAGGCAGCCGCCUCCCCCGACCCGCACGGCGUCCCCUCCCCGACCCCGCCGGGCGACGAGCGGCAGCCCCUUCCCCUGGGCGCUCCGGGCCCGCCGUCCUCUCCCGACCUACCGACGCGGGGAGCGGGGCGGCGCGAGCCCCGGCAGCCGCCGUCCCCGUUCACAGCCCGAGCGCAUCCCUCAGCCGCGUCUCGCGCCCCGCCGUCCCCCGCGCCUCAAGGUCACCCCAGCGCGGACGCGGCCUCCGGGGAUCGCCGCUCCCCGCAGCCCACCCCCGCGCCGCGCUCCCGCUCCUACCUGAGGCGGCCAGAGGAGCGGCGAGGAGCGGAGCGGCCGGGAGCGCGGAGGCGGCCGCUGUCCCCCGAGCGGCGGCACGCGGGGAGCCGGGCCGCGCGGCGCCUCCCUCCUGCGCCUGGCCGCUGCGCUGCGCUGGGCGGCGGCGCUCCGUCAGACUUAGCGGGGCCGCGGCGAGCGGGGAAGCCCCGGGGGGGCGGGCAGCGCCUCUCCCCUCCCUGCCGAGGUGCCGGCCCCGGCGGAGCGCAGCCUCCCCGGCAGGGCUGGGGCUCCCCUCAGCGGGGAGAGGCCGGCGACGCUCCCGGCUCCGCCGCGGCUGCAGGGGGCGCGCGGCGCUGCCCCCAGCUGAGGAGCGGGAACCCCCGCGGCCCAAAGCGGGAGAGCGGGCGUGCUGAGCUCGUGACGCCGGGAUUCGCCUCCCCGCAGUAUCGGGGCACCGCGCGGGCGGCGCUGACCCCCCUCAGCGAGAGGGGCUGCAGCGCACGUGGCAGCGGCACGCGGCCCCCUCCCCGUUCCGUGCCCUUCGUACCCGUAGCUCCCAGCCGGUGCUCUCCGAAGGACACGGAGCGGCCCAGGCCUCGCCUCGACGCCGAAGGAAGGACCCGGCCCUGGGACACAGCACCUGCCACAGAGACGCAGGUAGCGCUGCACUGA